AUGUUAAAUGAUAAUAAGUCAUUUUCAAUUGAAUAUUUAAUAGGAAAAACAUCACAAUCAUCAUCAUCAACACAAUUUGUUUUAUUUCAUACAAAUAAUGAACAAAAAUCUCAAACAACAACAAUUAGUUCAUCAUCAUCAUCAUCAUUAAAUUUAAAACGUAUGCGUACAGCAUUUACAAGUCUACAAUUACUUGAAUUAGAACGAGAAUUUUCAUCAAAUAUGUAUUUAUCAAGAUUACGUCGAAUUGAAAUAGCAACAUGUCUUAGUUUAACAGAAAAACAAAUUUGGUUUCAAAAUCGUCGUGUUAAAUAUAAAAAACAACGAACAACUAUUUCAUCGGAAAAGAAAAAUUCACGAAUAUAUAAUACAAUUCAACAUCAUUAA